AUCUCAACUUGCCCUCUCGCGGGUCUUGGUUGAAGAGGAAGCACAGUGUCGCCGUCUGUCGUUCAGAAACUAUAAUCGAUCAAACCGGAAGCUUUGUAGCCGCUCGCGUAAAGGCCAGGAGCCAGCGUUGGCCACAUGUGUUUUGUGGACCGCUUUUCCGUGGAAAAAGGUCGCCGAAAAUGCCGUGUUUACGUAAUCCGUGUUAACGCGACAUUAAAAACGGUGCCUCCGAAUUCAUCGCAGUUGUGACAAAACCUCUCUGCCCGUCCACGAAGGGAACUACGAAGGAAAACCCAGGAAUUACAAAAGAAGAUCCGACCCGAAGAUAAAUUCUAGGCCCGACAAGGUGUGCUCCGAUUGUCCUGUAACUCUUGUUGCCUCGCUGUUCUAUACCACGAUCAACCACGGGUCCGCCCUUAAAAAGGUACACGUUCGAUAAUCCCGUGCCGGUUAAUUUUGCGCUCGGCUCUCGUGAAAUCGCCGAGUCAGCGUGUUCUUAACCACGCACAGCCCUGUCGCGCCUCGUGUGUUCCGAAGUUCUCGGGUACGUGUGUUUAAGAACGUGUCGGAAACUGCAGAGUCGAUCUCGAAUCGUCAGGGUUUCGACAAUCGUAUCGUGGACACGUGCGGGGAGAAAGAAUAUUCAGAGGAUCGUUUGUUAACGACCGCGUGCGUGCACGCCGCGCCUUCUGGAAACGGCGAACCCUCGUGACGAGCCUGCCGAGUGGGCGUUCUCUCUCCCUCGCUGAUCUGAAAGAGAACAUACGCAUAAUCUCGGUGACGCGGCGUUCGACACGUGCCUCUUUCCGAAAUUCGAUUCGUUCGUGCGACAAUUGCACGGCGACUCCGGCGAGACAUGCGUCCGGUUCACAGCGCGGAGGAUGUGCCUAGGUUGGUGUAGUAAAGCCGAGUCGACUCUCGCGAACAGCUCUCGAUACUUACAGUCUUGCAACGAGGCAGCCGGACAGGAUUGAUGUGCUCCAGGGUGUUCGACGCGUCCCGGGACCCCUCGACUGCCUGAGAGUCCUCAUCGUCCUGUAAAAAGACUUUCCGGACUCCUCGUGCUCCGAGACCUCGUGUUUUCCUCUUUCGCCGCGUGCCGUUCAAGAUGGCGGCCAAGGUGGCCAGCGGCGGCCAGGGCAGUGCCAAGAGGGAGGAGGGCCCCAAGGUGUCUUACGCAAGUAUCGUAAACCCGAGAAGCGACACCGAGAACCGGCCUCCGAACACCAAGGACAACAACAAGGAGAACAUCGGCAGUCAAGUGGCCCAAUCAAUGCCCAUCAAAGAUCAUAUGGUAUCACAGAACCUCACAGUCAGAGGCAAGUCUUACCAGAAAAGUGGAAGGAGAUUCAAUCCUCAGGUAAAACUGGACAGGCCAUACACUAGCGAAUUUUCGGCUGCUAAACAAAAUCAGCUGGCUACUGAGAAAGAAGGUCUCCCCAGAGAAGGAGCGGAGCAGAAGCAGAAAAAUGUGGGCGAAAACGAGCAGAUGAAUGGGGACAUAGGAAGCGAUGGGGAAUUUCAAACGGUGGCUCCGAAGAGUGCUAGAAGAAAGGAGAAGCUGCGAGAGCAUCAACGGGAUUACAAAGAACAACACAAACACAGAGAACACAGGCAUCCUCUGCGAGGACAUAAUGGAAGCAAUGAGAGAGCCCAUAAGGAACUAAGAGAGAGAGGAGAGAGAACAGGUGCUGAUUCUAUUGUAGGAAGCAAAGAAACUCCGAAAGAGAGAGAGGAGCUGGAGGCUGAUUUCGAUACACUGGGUCAGCCUCCAGUGAAAUAUAUCGAGGCACCUCUGCCAACUGUCAAUCCUUGGACCAAAAGCAAAUCCACGACACAAGAUCCUCCGCUCAGUUCUGUUAUUGCGAUUCCGUUACCUAUACCUCCUGUGAGCUUACCGACUGUGGAGAAACCGAUUGAAAAAGAAAAGCGGGUCUUGCAACCUCAACAACAGGGAAUAGUUGAGAACGGUAUCAACACCGGAAGUCAACCAACAAUAGUUACAGCGACAAAGGACAGAAGAAAAUUUAACCAAAAGGCGAGCGACUUCUCGGACAUCGGCGAUUGGCCAACCUUGGGCGCUCAAGGAGAGAAAAAGGCAGUCGCGGCAAUAGCACCGAAGCAAAAUGGUGUUCCCGAACCAAAUAGUUGCAAAGAAAACACGGCGACGAUAGAAAGCAGAGGAAAGGAGAACAAGGAACAGAAUCACUGCCAAGAUGACAGCGACGAACACCUGGAAGGCAGUGAAAAGAAAAAGAAAGUAAAUAAACAGAAGUGGGUGCCAUUGGAAAUAGACAUAACGAAGAGCAGAAGUAAAAGAGAGCAGUCUCCAAAGUACUAUAAUCACAGGGAGAAGAACGGUGAAGAAGCAGAAUCGUUUAGAGAAAGGGAACACGAGAGGAGAGGAUACAAUGCGAGAGGUGGACGUGGAGGGCGGAAUUUCAGAGCGAGAGGAGGACGUGGUGGUCGGGGUGGCUAUCGUGGUAGCUUUAGGCACAGACACGACCAGGACUAUUCAAAUUUCACAAGAGACUAUAUGCAGGUGCAUAAAUUCGGACUUCCAGCUUACAUGAUGCCUUACAUGGGAACAUUUUAUUUCGAUAAUACGAAUUUCAUUAAUGGAGAUGACUUAACGACGCUCAAGGAAUAUAUCAAGUAUCAAAUAGAAUACUACUUCAGCGAAGAGAAUCUUUUAAGAGACUUUUUCCUACGACGCAAAAUGGACGCGCAAGGAUUUUUACCUAUUGCAUUAAUCGCGUCUUUCCAUCGGGUGCAGACUCUAACGACAGACAUGAGCCUUGUCGUCGAAGCGAUUAUGGAAUCUGACAAGCUGGAGAUGUUGGAUGGAUUCCAGGUCAGAACUAUCAUAGACCCUCUGAAAUGGCCCAUCCUCGACACACCCGAAAACUCCUUCUAUUUAGAGUCUGACAGAUUGAACGCAGCGAAGAACGAAGUAAUACUCUUCCCACACGAAUCCGAUUUUCAUCCUGUCUCCGUACCCUUACCAGUGAUCCCUAUUCCCCCAGUACCGCGUUUUAUUCAAUACAACCCCGCGGCAGUAGGCAGGCUCAGCGAAUCGGAGAGCGUGUCCUCAUCGAUAGGCGAGAAUUUGAAUCCCGACGUACCGGAGUUCAUACCGAACGAACUAACUAGCAAGAAUAUCGAGUCUGCGGCAGCGGAAGCAACCGCGAGUGAUUCGCAGAUGAACGAGACUCAAUUCGGUGAUUCGCAAAGCAUUCCAUCGUCGUUGAGCAACCACAAGUCAUCCAGCAUGGACGACGAAAUUUCCGCGAUCGGCAGCUCUAGCGACCCAUCGGGGGUCAAGGUUAACGGUGAGAUGCAGCCGCCGAGCGACGACGUGUGGAAAGAGGUGAGGCGAAGGGUGAAACCGUCGCACAAGGAAAGGAACGAGGAGAGAGAAAAAGUCGAUAAUAUCAAGAGCGAGGAGAGAGAAGAGCUUGACUUUCAGUUCGACGAGGAACUCGACACGCCGCCUCCCACCGGCCGACACAAUGCGUUUUCUGAAUGGUCCGAGGAUGACGAGGAAUACGAUUUGUCGGACAGAGAUCUAAACAAGCUUUUGAUCUUUACGCAAACAACGGUGCCCAUGUCGUCGCGUAUUCCCAAACACGAGGGUCACGAUCGAACGGGCGACUGGACAACCAGGGUAAAGAUGACUCAGGACCUCGAGCAGGCCAUCAACGAUGGUCUGUACUACUACGAGGAAGAUUUGUGGACCAAAGAUGGUCAAAGAUAUAGUUCCUGUUCGUCAAUUGGAAGCUACAAAACUGUGAAUGUGAUUAGUCAAGAAGAUUUCGAAAAGAUGGCGCCUAAAGCACCCAAGAAAACGAACCCUGAAGUUCCUCCUCCACCUCCAUCGGCGAUGGACGACAUGGAGGUACCGCAGUCGCUUCCAGCACAGGUGCCAACAACUAUAGAUGUUCAAGAGAAGAGAGAUCGUCGAGCGGAAAAGAACCGCAGGAACGACAAGUCCAGGCUAAGCAGAAGCGGAGUAGUCCCGCGAUUCUUCGCCGUGGUUAAAGAUGAACCUUCAUUCGAUCCCAGAACACCGCGAAAGAGGAAAACGCGGCAUAGUAAUAACCCACCUGUCGAACACCACGUCGGUUGGAUCAUGGAUGUCCGAGAGCACCGACCGCGCACAUAUUCCACGGGAAGCAGUGCUGGAACAAGUCCCAACGAAGGCUGUCUGGCAAACAGUUAUGGCAGCGUGCCGCAAUCUCUUCCUACUUUCCAGCACCCGAGUCAUGCUUUGUUGAAAGAGAAUGGUUUCACUCAGCAAGUGUAUCACAAAUACCACUCGCGUUGUCUAAAAGAACGUAAGAGACUCGGAAUCGGUCAGUCUCAAGAAAUGAACACGCUCUUCCGUUUUUGGUCCUUCUUCUUGAGAGAGAACUUCAAUCGUACUAUGUACGAGGAGUUCCGAACUAUAGCCAAAGAGGAUGCCUUAGAAGGUUACCGAUACGGUCUGGAAUGCCUUUUCCGAUUCUACAGUUAUGGUUUGGAGAAGAGGUUCAGACAUCAUCUUUACAAGGACUUCCAAGUUGAAACUAUACAAGACUACGAAAGUGGUCAAUUGUAUGGACUCGAGAAGUUCUGGGCGUUCCGAAAGUAUUACAAACAAUCCAGUCAGCUGCAAGUGAGUCCCAAAUUACAGGAAUAUCUGUCUAAGUUCAAGAGCAUCGAGGACUUCAGAGUUGUGGAGCCGCAAAUAAACGAGAUGCUGCAGACGUUCGCAGCAAACUCACGCACUCAGGCAGCAAAGCGACGCAACAGGAGCGUGUCGGAGAGCGCAGGUGGGGUGGAGGUGUCUCCUACGAACAGAGUCCGCCGUUUGUCAGGUGGUUCAAGCACAGUGACACUGCCAACAAGCUCGACUGUCGAGAGCAGUAAUCCCGGGUCGCAAAAGUCUCGCGGGGACUCGGUAAACCUUUGUCAGUUCCGUAACCGGGCCGAAUCGUUCGGCUCGGGUCGACUAGGCCAUUCCAGGCGGCGAAACGAGGUCUCGAGCUCGUCUAGCAGCCAGCACGACCUGAGUAAACAACAGCCGCGCAGCAGACAGAAUUCGGGUUCGUUUGUCAAGACGCAAGAGGUGAGCAAGUCACAGAACACUGCCAGGCAGCCCGGCAAACCCGAGCAGAGCAAGUCGGUCACGAUCAAGACGACGGAGGCUGCAGCCAACGGCCAGAAGUGAUUGUCCACGACCGGGAAGGGUAAGUGCAGAGGCACUUGCCCGAUCGCUAAUACGGACAAACGCGUCGCGCCUCUGUCACGAUAAAAGCGAGAACUGAACGUCCCAUUUUAGAAAACAAAACCGCUAACGAAUCACACACACGCGUACCGAGUACCAUGGCGUACACUGGCGUCUCCGAGGUGUGUAGGAUCAGCACAAAACUGUGUCUCGGUCAUUGUACAUAGGAAAAGAAACACGAAAGUUAGACUCGAUGCUGAGAAACGAUUUGCUAUCACACGGACCGGGAGACAGACGUAUCCCGGUCGACUAGGGAAGUUCAGCUGUUCUUAAGGUAGUCUGUUAAGGUUGUAUCUACCGAUAUUAUAUAGCUAUGCUCUUGCUUAUCGGGGGAAUAUGUACUGAAUCAUGCUGCGCGCGGUCGGUCCUCGGUUUUGUGUAGCGAAUGACAGAGGGGCCAGAUGAACCUGCGAAUCAGGUGAAUAGGCACGCACUGUGCCACGUGUUCGACGAAUAGCGCGCUCGCUCAACACUGAUGUCGCUCCUAGUCCGAAUUAGAUCAGUAGCCAUUUUUUUAUUCUCUCAAAGAAAGUAAACGACCGUUGUGCUGCUCUCCAAUUUCAACAUUGUUUCACUGCUUCAUGCUUUUAUCACACCGUCGAAGGUAUUAAUAAUGGGGCACUCAAAAAUGUUCGACAUAGUUUCUUUUGUUGGUCGUUGUUUACAGUGGAAGCGUGUUCCGAAUGAGAACAAGUUCCAACGAACAUCUUCAAAACCAUCAAAGAUGAAAGGAUGAUUUAAAUGGUCAAAUUGUGCACUUUUUAAGAAGAAAUCUAGUUGUGCAACCUAAUUUUUAAUAGUAUUAUUUGUUUAAACAAUACAUUAUAAAAUAGCAUUUUUCUGUUAAUUUUUCCAGUUGAAUUGUUAAUGCAUUUUCUUGUAUUUCGUGGGACAAUCGAAAUUUUUAUUUUUACAUUGUAAAGAAAGUGAUAUUUAUCAUGUAUUAUUUAUACAUUUAAUGAAAAGUACAUAAUUUUACCAUUUAAAUUUCCUAACAGUUUUCAAGAUCAUCAGUCAUUUUUUUCAAAUUUAUGGUCUGUUAUCACCUUUUUAGGGUGAACUAUGAUCGAUUAAAAGAAGCUGCAUCUAAUAUUUUUGUUCGAACUGGCAUCCAAGUGACUCCCUUCAAUUUUUAUUUGUUAUGUAAACAAAAUAUUUUUUUGAGUUAUGUUUGCAUUAGUAAAUGUAGAGAAGCAUACAAACAACGCUUUUGACACUUUUAUCUACUCGAGCAAUUAUAAUAUUCUUUUAUGUAAUAAUUUCAUAAGGUAUUAUUAUUAGAGGUUGCUCAAAAAAUUUAACAAUCUAUUAAUCUAUAAUUUUUAAAAGGCACAAUGGAAAACUUGAAUUUUCCAAAAAAAUUCACAAUUAAUCGUACAUGAGUUCCAUAAAAAUUUGAGGGUAUCACUGGACCAGCAGUCCCCCGUAACAUUAGACAGAAAAAAAAAAAGAUAAAAGUGACUUGAACUUUUGUGGUUCCUUUGAAAGAAAGGAUCCUGAUUAUUCCAACGUGAAUCUUGGAAACUUCGUCGGCGUUCAAAGAUGUGGGAUAGCGAGAAAACUGCGGAGUGUACAAAUAUUUUUCUAGCCACCAUAGCGACAUGUAUCCGCCGUCGAAUCUGAAAAACAUCAAUUAACUGUACGCGAUCGUUGUAUAACUUGUACAAAAUGUUGAAUCGAUUGAGAUAUUAAUCUCGAAAUCGAAGAAAGAUAUUCUGCUCGUGGCCGGUGCACAAUCAUUGUAUUUUAGAGAUUUCAUAGCUUCAGGUAUUAUAGUGUUCGUUUCGCGAUUGAUGCUAUCGGCAGCGUUACGAAAGAAAUAAAAAAAAUAUUAUCGAAGCUGAAAAACAGUGAAGAUUCGUGAUGUACAGAAACAAAAGCGCAGAAACGCGAGGAAAAUCGUCGUUUCACCUGUUAACAAUUUUAUGAGAUCAAUUGUACGCGAUAGUAAGCUAAACAAAUUAACUUUUAUUGUAAUAUAUAAUGAGCGUAUGAUAUUUUGUUGGUACCUAUAAAAGAUAAGGGGAUCGAUUAAUUUUAUAAAUUAUCUGAUUUUUACAAAAUUACCUAUACGAAUUUGUAUAAAUAAUCUCAAUCGAUAAAUGUAAAACUGAAUAUUUGUAUUUGUUUGAAAAGAUACAGACAAUUUUAGGACUCGAAGAAGGGCUAGCAUUUCUUUGGCAACCUCAACUGGUACCUUCAUCUAAAGACCAUUUAUGAUUUUAUACUUUAUACCCGAAUAAAUUUUCUGUCAUCGGUGACACAGGCGACGAGUUAACUCGUCCUUGACGGUUAACAGGUGAACGACGCGAUCUAGAAGAUUCGUGAAAAAAAAAAGAUACAAGAGGGACGAGAAAAAAAUUCUGGUAAGGCUGCGCGGAAUUUCUCAACGGAAGAAAUUUUUGGAAACUGAAAUGCAAUCGGGAAUAUUCGUGUUCGACCGAUCGAGGGAGAAGGAAGAUUCCGUUUUUAAGGAUAAUUAGGAAUUAUUAAUUAAGCAUACGGUUUACGUAGAAAUACGAGUUAGAGUAGCGAUUCUUUGUCGGCGGGGGUGGAAAUUUGGCUCUCCCGAGUUUCGCCCGAGCAUGGGAGGUGAGAGAGAGAGAGAGAGAUCCUAACAAUAGAGCUAUUAGAGAACAGCUAGUAGAACAAUUAAGCUGUUCCGUAAGUAAGAUUACUAGUAAUUUUACUUAAGGAACCGCUUAAUUGUUAAGCCGACUGUAUUUAUUUAAGCGAGCAUAAACGAAAGAUUUGAUUCAACAGGGGAGUGAAACUUUUUGAAGCACGAAUGGCUGGCUCAUUCACGUAGCGCACACACACACACAUACUGUUCUCGAAUUUUUGUUCUCGCCAUGUUUGUCAAAACGUGCAGAGACGACGCCUGGAAUACUUGUAGAUCUGUUCUUGCUACCUUUCUGUUUUUACUUUUCUUCUGUUUUUUUUUUAAUAUACUAGUCACGCGUUGAAAGUCAAUAGCCAACGGCGAGUCUUGGGACCGAAAUUGUCAACUCCAUUUUCGCCGCUGUCCUCUGAAUUCUCUUCUUUUUUCAUCCUACGUAUUCUUCGUAAUAUUGUAUAACGAUACCCCAAACGAAUCCAAAGAGGCAACUGUGUAAGAAACGCUCUUGUUUGUUUAAAUUAUCUGUAACAAAAUUGUAUUUCUGUUGAAAAAAAUAUCAUUUGUUUUACAUUAUUCGCGCGAAGCGGUGGUUCCAGUUUUCAAGAGAUCAGAUUUUCUGGGUAUUCUGGAUGCACCGGAGGAUCUUGGGGACGCUUUCAAAAUGCGAGAUUGAUUCUUAAACUGAAAAGUAUUCUUGCUCGAGUUUUCUUUCAUAUACAUAUACGCAUAUAUAUUUUCCAAUCUGAGACUUUGCUAUCGCAAGACAGAACAGCUUAAUGAUUCGUUGAUAUACAUCAGUCAUAAGAGCCCUACAUAGAUAUUAGUUAGAAUUGGACAGAUUCUGAAAAAUUGCAAGAUCGUGAGAUUUUCAGCCAAGUGGUCCGUAGUGAAAUCAACGAAAUCUGUUAUACAUAUAAUUGUUACCGUAAUCAUAAAUUUUAUUUACUUUAUGUAAUCCGUUAUCGCUAUUUAUAAACAUUCUAUAGUUCCUAGUUUGAAUUUAUGUGUAACUGCGCUCUUCUAGAAACUGUCUAAUUCUAACUAACGAAUCGGUUAAUCUUUGUGGAGCAUUCAAACAUUCCCUGUUUCAAGUAUUCUGAUCGUUUUCUUAAUUCGGACAAUCGUUACUUGCACGCUACAACUUUCACAGCAAUAACCACGAACUCGAUAGACUUAAAACAGCAAUAAUUCCAUCUACACUGAGUUGCGGUCAAUCGGCGAGUACACCAUUUUCUUUAGAGACGGAAAUCUUUUCCUAAUAGUCGAACAAAUCGGACACGUGGUUGCCGGAAUGUUCCGAGUGCAUCAGGCUUUGGGAGGAUUCAUUGAUAUGGCGUUUGAUCUUUUUUUUGUUCGACUGUCAGAGUUAGCAAAAUGGUAGCAAGAGGAAGGAUAGAAGAUGGACGGAGGAGAGUGAGCGCGUCAAACCGGACGAAGAUCAAUUAGCACAAAGUGACAGAGCGAACUGUGAGAGAGAGAGAGAGAGAGAGGGAGAGAGAGCACAGGAGCGAAACUGAAACUAAACUAAACUGAACUAAACUAAACGUAUAGAAAUAAUACAUGACCUGUAAAUAAAUGCGUUCGAUAGCGUUCGCAUCGCCGUUCGGAACACGCGGCCGAUGGUAGCUUUAGAAACUAACGCGUCGAGUUCGCGAGAAAAAAAAUACAAUUACCAUACAAAAAAAAAAGAGUGAAUACGAUAGGUUUAGUUGAGCUAAGUUAGACUUAACGAGGUCUUAGUUUCGCCUAAAAUUCGAUCGUCCGAGCCGGAGGGGCUCCGCGCUUCUUCCGAUCAUCAGCGCCAGAAAAUUGCGCGCUUGUGUCUUUAACGGUUGUUCCGCAAAAUUCCGAGCAAGUUCAACCUGAGAUUCGAUACACAUCGUGGACGAAGACACCACAUCGUGGACCCUCGAAAGGGCUGUUCCUGGGCAUUUUAACUUUGUCACCCCUGCUCUAUGUGUAUUCUAAACUGUUCUCGGUAAUUAUUUAAUCCUGAUCAUGGUAUCGGCGCAGGGUGCGAAAGAAGAUUGUAUAGUUCCGUGUCCCUCGUCCACGAUGGAACAAACCUUCCAGGGAGUUUUCAAAAAUGUCACGGCGCAUCGAAUUUGCCCCGACACUGUGCGAUCUUUUAUUUCCAUUAGAGGAAGGCAGCGUUAGCCAUUGUCCUUAAAAUAAAGAUCGUACGGUGCAAGGACAGUCUCGUGAAACACUGGAGAUAAGUGAUCGAUAGAAGAAGAUAAGUGAUGAUAAGUGAUUGAUAGAAGAUGUGAUUGAUAGAAGAUGUGAUUGAUAGAAGAUGUGAUUGAUAGAAGAUGUGAUUGGUAGAAGAUGUGAUUGAUGAAAGAAGUGAUUAGACACAUCACUCGGAGAACGUCAAAAUCGAUCGGGAAAAGUCGCGAAGUUCUCCUCUGGCGAACGACGAUCAUGUAGCAUAAUACUGUAAAUACUUUCUAUCGAGAGUCGUUGAAAUCGUAUCAUCAUUAUUAUAUCGUUACUUAUAUACAGCCGCUUGAUGGGAGGCAUGCAGCGACCUUCGCGACCUUCGAGGAUCGUUCGAUGAACGUCGUCGCGUGACCCGGUCGGUGACCUUUAUUUUGCUUUCGCGAAAUUUUCAUUGAUAUUGCGGAGAACAAUGGGAGCCGGUAGAGCUUUUAUUAUCGAUUUUUCUAAGAAUGAUGGAGCAAUAUUCGAAAAGCCAAAGUGAUCCGGAUCGUUAACGCCGCUCGACUCAGAGACAUGCAGAGAUGCGUUAUCAAGCAUUGGACACUGUGUCGCGUUGGCUCUCAACUCGGUCGAAUAAUGAUCGCGGACGAAAGAUGCAAUCAGAUUGAAUAAAAACGAGAGACGCCGAAGGGGAAAGUCGUCCCUUUCUACCGCGUGCUCUUACGCGGGAAAUGUUUUUAGUACGAUUAUAAUUACCAAUCAAAGUUUAUGAGAAGUUCUCUUGAGAAAACUGUGCCUCUUCCAUCAAGCUCGCCUGCGCACGCGUCUGCGUAUAUAAGUAUACCAUUAUAACGUUAACGACUAUUAAUUUUACACCUAAGGCUUAUUACUAAAUAUACACUCACGUGGGUGGGGGGAUAAAUCGGUGGAAGAUAACGGGGGUUGGAAAAAAUGUACGAAAAAAAAAGCGUUUCCUAAUGAGAUACACUUUGUACACGAGGAUCGAGCCUUUUCACCGUCUCUUACGUUUACUUAUCUCCGUAUUUAUGACUGAUCGCUUGUGUUCGGUGUAUCUUCGUUUUUCUUGUCGUUUAAGCUCGUUUUGUUUGUUUCCUUUCUUUUUAGUUGUAACAUCGUUUCGAAGAGAAUUUAUUAAAAGGAAAAAAAAAAUGAAAACACGAAAAUCCAGAGUUGUUGAUGGCGACGACCGGUUUCUUUAAACGCUCGAAGUCGCGUUUCCGCUGGGAAGAUGUCGAAGCGAAAAUGUCGCAGCUAUCGAUCGGGCCGCAGCAGCCUCUCGAUGACAAGACGAGGGAAAAAGGACCGAUCGAAAAGAAACGGGGAUCUUCGCGAAUGCGGCAACGCGACUUUAGACCACGGCCGACUAAUUCUCAUUGGUUUUCACACCUUGUUCGCCCCUUUUCACUUUGUCAUUGGUCCGCCGAAGGGAAUGGUUCCAAAAAAUGCCUCGAAUAAUCUCGAUCGAGGAGAAUUGCGCGUGUUUGAUCCUGUCGCGAGGCAAACUCGAAUCGCCACUAUUUUUCUAACUGGUUUUUGACAGCGUGUGUGUCGAUCGUAGUUGACGAAUUGAUCUCUUUUUUACAACCGUCGAGCACGGUUAGGCGAAACCUUUUACCGUAUAGCGUAGCUCCGAGGGAGAAGCGGAAAAAAAACUUGUCCUGAAAAAUACACAUACGACACACACACACACACACACACAUACACCACACAACCGUAGACUGAUCUUUCCGUAACGAUAAUUAACUUGCGAAAACACACACAGAAACCGUCUAUUCGCGUCUAGUCGGUGAACGAGCGGAUCGUUGAUUAUUGAUUUAACACCGUCGGGAUCGCAGGGUCCGCUUGAUUUUCGAAUCGUCGCCCGAACGAUGUUCUAUACGGGCGACGAUACCUGCGACUUUCCAAUAGUGGAUGAAAUUUUCUUUCGUCGAAUCGGGAACAGAGAGAUGGGAAAGGGGAAAUUUUCGUUCGUACGAUAGUGCCUUCGACUAAGACUUACUCUCCGAGAAUCGUCGGUUUGCUCCUUUGGUACCAGAUUGAUCGGUCUGCGAACUCCUUUCGUUGAGGAAAAGGGCGGGGAACCCUUUCGUGCGAUCCAGAAUCACGGAAACGGGCCAGCUUUAAUUGUUGAUUGACGCAUUGUUCAUUUUGGCAAGUGGAUACAAUUUGAAGUAGUCGGAAAGAGUGCAAAGAUAAUUUAGGUCAGUCGUUUUCUUGAGGAUUCGUGGUCCUCUUUGACUCGGUUUACCGGGGGGUGUGUUUCACGAAAUGCCGUUAAUUAAAAUGUUCACGGUCCCUUUUUGCCGGCAGAAAAAUGACGCGUUAACAGUGAAAGGGUUCGAGAUCGAUGCGAGCUCGUAAUUCGAAAAUCAAGCGAGACAGUGAACGACGGUCAUCCCGACCACAGUAAUCAUAUCCGGGCUUUUCGUUCGAGGAACUUAUGGCCGGCGUAUUUUUUCAGACUUAGCUACAAGAAAUGCAUACGUAGAGAGAAUAGCGAGGGUUUUUCUUACUCUGGUCCGACCGUAAACGACGAUCAUUUUGCGUAAAGGAAAUCGAAUACGAAUAAAUAAUCUGCUCUGUCGAGUAAUCUCGGCCUUGUACAUACGAUAUACAUACUUAGCCUGUAAGAUCACUAUUAUAAUAUAUAUAUAUAUAUACAUACAUCUAUAAUUAUAUAUAUAUAUAUAUUAUAAAUACGAAUAUAAAUAUAAAAAAAAAAUAUAGAAGACAGAAGGAGGGAGGGUAUGUUUGAGAUGAGAAUGCUUGGUAUGUCUGUUUGCGAAAGAGAAAGUAAAUUAAACAAAAAAAAAGUAUAACAUACAGACAUAUAUAUGUAUAUGUAUAUAUAUGUAUAUGUAUGUAUAUAUAUAUAUAUAUGUAUAUGUAUGUAUAUAUAUAUAUAUAUUAUUUACAUAACGGUAGCUAUAACGCAUUGCCUAGGGACGUAACGAGAUGUUAAGUGGGUGAAAAAUGCGACGAGAUUGAGGAUGAUGUGCGAGUGAUUUUCCGAAGCCUGUACGCGUAGGAAGGUUGUAUCGUUUAUGAAUGUAUAAAAUAAAAAAGAUGAAAAACAACAAAAAAACCAAGCUGCAAAAGAAA